AUGCACAGACGAACAACGAUUCAUCCUCCGACAGUGACAUCUAUUUCCAACCAGGAUACCAACGUAACUGUGCCUUCGGAGCCUCAAGAGGCGAUACUAUCCCGUAACAACAGUCCUACGGCAGAUGAUGAAUCUACUUCAGAAUCCUCGAAUGUGGGUUCUUCGCAGACUGGGCUAGUGCAGGAGCAAUCAUCUGAUGAUCCUGGCAAUGAUUCUGGCAGGUCCUCUGAGCACUCCCUCAAGCCGGACAUUACAUUUCCAGAAGUUACCAUCUCUGCCUUCACUGAGACCGGCCAAGCGGAAUCGUCCAUUGAGGUUCCAUUGCAACGAGCCUCCACCGGUCGAGCGCCCAUUAUACUAUCCAUCCUCGCUGACAUUCCCUGCGCUACCCUAGGCAUUCUCGGUAUCUUGGAUCGACUCAACACCAUCCUCGGAACGUCACAUACCCUUGAUAUCCCUUCUCUAUAUUCCCUUCUCGAAGAGUGCAUCUUGAACAACUAUGAUUUUGGCAUGGCAUAUUGCCGUCUCUGCAGGAUGUGGUACACCAGUAACUGGAGCACCAUCAGAGACAAACUACGCAGACAUGAAGAGGAGGACUGGGAGAGGCGACAAAAAGCACUGGAUGGAAACCAGAUCGUCGACCCAAGAUUGCCACCUCGACAUGUCCAACUGCCAAUAUCUCAUGCAUGGAUGGAUGAGAAGGAUCGUAUCCAUACGUGGACGCCUACCAACGGAUAUGAAUGGCCGGUGCCCAUCCCGAAGGAUGCAAACCUCAAAUUGAUCUGGAUCGAGAUGCUGAAUCUAGGAUUGGAGUACGUAUGGUUGGAUGCGCUGUGUUUGAGACAGGAUCGGCGGGCCGGGUGA